AUGUAUACGCAGCAUCUCAUCCUGGCCGCCCUCGCUGUCGCGGCCUCGUCGCCAUUCAGCAUCGCCGCUUCCACUCACCAAGUCCCAUUCCUCGCCUCACCCUCUGCCUCAUCCUCAAUUCCAGCAGGCGUCGGACACUUUUCAGAAUGGUCCGCAGCCACCAAGGCCUACUUUCUUGAAGACAUCGCCAAAGGCAAUGCGGCCAAUUGGACUCUAGUGAUGGGCAACGAAGGGGGCGACCUUGAUUCAAUGGCGUCGGCCUUCACCUGGGCCUACCAUCUAGGGCACGUCGACCCAUCCAAGCCAGCAAUUGGUCUUCUUCAGACACCAGAAGAUGCUCUCGACUUGCGCCCAGAGAACAAGCUGGCACUGGAGAAUGUCAAGAUGAGCCCAGGCCACCAGGACCUCCUCACCUUCGAUGAGUUGCCCAUACCGGCGGCCGAACUGGCACCAUUGCUUCGCGGCAUCGUCCUCGUCGACCACCCUCAGCCCGUCGCAGACUGGGAGAAUGCUACGAUUCUCUCCAUCUUUGAUCACCACGUCGAUCGAGACUACGCUCCACAUGCAUCACCGCGCAUCUUCCUCCCCACGGCUAGCUGCUCGACGCUCGUCGGCCGUCAGAUGCUCAAUGAGGUCGAGAACUUGCCCGAAGGAGAGUAUCACUUGCCGCAUGAGCUUCUCGAACUGCUCCUCUCUGCCAUUGCCAUCGACUCGAAAGGGCUGCAGAGCAAGGUGGCUACGCCGACGGACAAGUUCGUCGCCUCGAGGCUCUUUAGGCGUUCCGCUUGGAGGGACGAGAGCAUGUACGAUAAGAUGGAAGACAUUGCUGAUGUAUUGAAGGAUGCCAAGAAGGAUCUAGACCAUCUCAAUGUGCGCGAUCUUCUGCGCAGGGACUGGAAAGGCGGCAUCGUCGAGACGCCAGAGGACAAGCCAGACAUUCACUUGGGCUUUGCUUCGAUUCCCUAUUCACUCAGCUACCAAAUCGGCAUCACUCCCAAUCAGACCACCCAGAACUGGUUCGCAAUCGAGCGCAACUGGACGAGCGAGAUCCAUGCAGACGCCACGGUGGCCCUCAACUCGUUCAAGCGCUACGUGGGCAAGGACGGCGAGGAGGUCGAGGAGAUGUGGCUGGGCGACGAGGACGAGGAUGAAGACGAGGACGAGGACGAGUUAGACGAGGCAGACGUAAUCUCUCCCCUGAAACGCAAAGGGCGCAAGAUCAAAGAGCGUCAAAUUAUCCUCGUCACUCGCCCGGAUCACCGACUCUCCGAAUCACUCGCCGACUCUCUCUUCGCCCACAUCUCUGAGGCAAUAGAGUCCUCAGACGUCCUCAAUGCCAAGCCGUGGCAUGGGAAAGCCACCUUGGGUCCGAGACAGAUGGUGUGGACGCACACUGUUGCGAAUGGUGGGAGAAAGCUCAUUCGGCCCAUCGUAGAUGAUGCCGUCGAGAAGUGGGGGCUCUGA